UUAUUAGGCACUUUUUCAAAAGUGGAGACUUCCGUAUGAGAAUCAAACAUAGGAUCAAGCAUUCCCCCUUCAGUGAAUGGAGAUACAGGGUUGCGUAUAUUUCAUCAUAUGCAGCUUUCGUUUUUCUCCUUAUUUCUUUUGUGACUCCCUAUUGGCUACAGUCAUGGCCAAGAAUUCAUACCCCAUUUCUCCGUCUCGGACUAUGGGAAUUUUGUGUUAACGGCUUUGUGCAGCGUCAAGAUCCGAAUAUGAUUUCAUACUAUGGUUGUUGGUGGAUUCUUUCUCCAUAUCUUCAGAAGAUAUACACAGACUUAGUUCCAUUUUGGUUUUUAAUUAUACAGAUCAUGGUGGCGAUAUCUCUUUGUUUGGAAAUCGUAGCAGUUAUCAUUUGAUUGCAUAUAUGUGUAAAAGAAUAAGGCAUGUGGAACGUCAAACUUUCUUUCUAACUCUGAUCACAUUUUGCCACUCUUGCUCAUCAAUUCUUUUGUUCAUUUCUACAACUGUGUUUGGCAUAAAUUAUCAAACAGAAACAUGGAUGCCAUAUCCAACCUUGAAUUGGCCAUCAUGGUCUUAUGGAUUUGCUAUUCUCUCUGGUUUCUCUGCUUUACUUUCAGCUAUUUCAUUCGGUCUAAUUGGUCGAGAAUUGCGUCGUGAUAUUGAAAAUUGGGUUCUAGAAUUUCCAAUGAGUACUAAGGUGAAAACUCGUCGUCGAUGGAAGUUAAUCAAAAGCCAUUGGCCAGAAGAAGUUGUCCCUGUGAAAUCUACACAAGAUGAUAAGUCUACACUUUACCUAGCAGAACAACAAAGUCAAAUGAAUUCCAACUUGGAAGCACCAGCAUCUAUGGAGGAGAAGUUCAGUGAUUACAGUUAUAGUGAAAAUAGUGGGGAUAAUUUAGUACGUAGUGAAAGACAAAUUAAACGUUACCAAAGUAAUGACCAACAAGACUCAGAAAUUUAAGUAGUAUAUUACUUGUUUUUAUUGUACAAACGUUCUCCUUAUUUCUUUAUAACUUCAGUAUUUGGCUGAAAAUAUCUUUUUUAUGACAAGGAGAGACAGAUACAUAAUAUCGAAAACAUUACCAAAUAAAAGUUUUUUCUGCCUUCUUAUGAAUCGGUCCUACAUGAAUGCAUUCCAGACUCAAUCAAAUUUGAGGUAUUUGCC